AUUUGACACCAAUAAAAAAGAAAAAAAAAUUAUAUAAAACAAAAGAAGACUGCAGAGUGAAGACAAGGGCAUCCGGCGCCCAAACAAUAAAGAAGAAGACCAAAGAGCGCAUGCUCGUAGAGUCGUAGCUCACAAAUGAACUGAAAGAAAGCAAAAAAAAGAAAGACAAAUUAAAAAAUUCGCAAUGAAAGUGAAAGCAAAGAGCCCCAAAGCGAAAUUUGGGCUACCCACAGUCUUCCUCCUCUGUUCCCUCUUCUUCUUCGCUGGCUUGUUCACCUUCACCCUCCUCUCUCAUGUCUCCUUCCCUCAAUUUCUCUCCGGUCCACGCUCGGUCACCAGAACGCUUCAAUCGGAAGAUGGCGAAGAUCACGGUCCACUGCCACAAGGCGAGACCGGAGACAGCUUUAUUCAAUCGAUUCCAUUCCAGGUUUUGAGUUGGAAACCUCGGGCUCUUUAUUUUCCGAGAUUUGCAACUGCGGAGCAAUGCGAAAGCGUGAUUGAAAUGGCGAAGACUAAGCUCAGGCCGUCGGCAUUGGCUUUGCGAAAGGGAGAGACUGCUGAGAGCACAAAGGGGACUAGAACAAGUUCAGGCACAUUUAUUAGUGCAUCUGAAGAUGAAACCGGAAUCCUGGAGAUUAUUGAGGAAAAGAUUGCCAGGGCUACAAUGCUACCAAGGACCCAUGGAGAGGCAUUCAAUGUUUUGCGGUAUGAGAUUGGCCAGAAGUAUGAUUCUCAUUAUGAUGCAUUCAACCCAUCGGAAUAUGGUCAACAGAAAAGCCAAAGAUUUGCUUCCUUCUUGUUGUAUCUAUCUGAUGUAGAAGAAGGUGGAGAAACCAUGUUCCCUUUUGAGAAUGGCUUACAUAUGGGUAUGAGCUAUGAUUACAAGAAAUGCAUUGGUUUAAAGGUUAUGCCCAGGCAAGGGGAUGGACUUUUAUUUUAUUCAGUGCUUCCAAAUGGCACAAUUGAUCAGACAUCUCUUCAUGGAAGCUGCCCGGUGAUCAAAGGGGAAAAAUGGGUUGCAACAAAGUGGAUUAGAAAUCAAGAAGAUCUGGAGUAAGAGUUGUUUUAUUCCAAAUGUUGUUCUUUCUGGAGCUGGUGGUUCCGGAACAGUGGAACAAAACAGAUCACUGGUUUUACAACUGCAGCCUAGUCAACGUCGAACAGUGGUACUGGAGUUUCUGUUCCUUUCAUGUUUCAAGUAUAGAACUGAGUGAACUAUGUUCUUGCAGUAGGCGGCGAAACAAUCACUCUUGGAUGUACAGCCCAAAGAUGGGGUGCUAAACUUCUUUUGUUUUGGGUCGAUAACCAUGCCACUCGUUAUAGAAGAAUUCUUUUGUGUAGCUUUGCAGCUAAAUAAUGAAAGAACCUUAUAUGUAAAAUGGUAUUUUGAUUCGAUAAUUCUUCCUUCAAAAUCGAAA